CGUUGCCAUGACAACUCAAACAGAGCGCACGCACGUUCCGUUAGCAACGCAUCGAGAUUUCUGUAGCGUUAACUGAAGCAUACACACACGCUUCUGUCAAUAGUUCACACAAUGGCUACACCAUCCGAAACUCUCGUGAAAUACGACCCCCCAGUUUUGGUCAACAAAACCGACAUGAAAUCACGAAAGCCCACAUCAGAAGCUGCCAAUGCCCCCGGGCAAGGCAUUCAGGAGAUCCUCAACCGCAUCUUUCCGCCCAGGGAAUGGAUGGAGGGGAAUCAGCUGUGGGUGCAGCAGGUGUCCAGCGCACCUUUCACCAGAGCGGACAUCAUUCAACUGGAGGAGCUUCUGGACAGGAGGCUGCAGCAAUCGCAGGCCAGAGGAACAGGAAUCUGUCCUCAGCGCACGGCGCUCUCCUUCCAGUGCUUCGAUGAGCUGAUCAGACAGGUGACCAUCGAGUGCGCUGAGAGGGGGGCGUUGCUGCUGAUGGUCAGGGAUCAGAUUCAGAUGACCUUUGGUGUGUACCAGGCCCUGAAUGAGGGCAGCAUGGCUUUUGGAACCAGGAAAGCGUUGCAGGCCGAGCUGGGCAAGGCUGACGAGGAGAAAACUAUUUCUGAUCUGGAGGAGGAGAACCGAGACCUAAAGAAGCAACUGAGCGAUUUGACAGCCGACAAUGAAACUAUUGAAAAGAGAGAAAACGAACAGCAACGAAUGGAGAACGAGAAGCACGCCGAAAAGAUUCAGGUCCUCACCAAAGCAAAUGAGCAGUUCAAGAACAAACUGGAAGGGAUCAUUGCAGCGAAGACGCAAAACAUUUCCUAAUGAAACAUGGAAUUAAAUCUUGGGCUUCUUAACUUUUUUCUGCUUUAGUUAAAGCAUUAACUUCUGAUAGUCAGUCCAAGAGGUGAUGGCUGAACACAACUUUCUUUAACUCAUAUAAUCUACAAAUGUGUUCAGUACAUUGUUCUGAUACAAUUCUCCUGUUGUUCUUUCACAGAAGUUUCUCAACUGUAAUUCAGUUUUUUUUCUUUUGUCCAGAUCGAAGGUGAAAAAAAUGAUGCAAUAUUAAACAGACAAGUAAACAGGUGACCAAUGUUUGGCCAGUUUUGGCAAUUGUCAUUCAGUAUAGUAGUUCAGUACACACAUUCAGUCUUUUCCUGGUUUUAAAAGCUGCGUUACAAUAAAGGAAUGGCCCUUUUCAUUAUUCAAUAAAUCCAAUACGCAUACAAGUGU